CGCCCCGCGCAGCCCCACGCGCGCGCCCCGCCCCGCCCCCACCCGGGCCUCCUCCCGCCUCUUUGGACCCCGCCGAUCGGCUUGAACUCUCCGCUCCCCUCGGCCUCGGGAGCACUGAGCCCUCGGUGACUUCUUACACCGUGUAUCCGCCAAUCCAAGAUGAAUAGCGAUCAAGUUACACUGGUUGGUCAAGUGUUUGAGUCAUAUGUUUCGGAAUACCAUAAGAACGAUAUUCUUCUCAUCUUGAAGGAAAGAGAUGAAGAUGCUCAUUACCCAGUUGUGGUUAAUGCCAUGACCCUUUUUGAGACCAACAUGGAAAUCGGGGAAUAUUUCAACGUGUUCCCUAAUGAAGUGCUAACUAUUUUUGAUAGUGCACUUCAAAGAUCAGCCUUGACAAUUCUCCAGUCCCUUUCUCAGCUUGAAGGUGUCUCCAUGAAGCAGAAUCUUCACGCCAGGAUAUCAGGAUUGCCUGUUUGUCCUGAGCUGGUGAGGGAGCACAUCCCUAGAACCAAGGAUGUGGGACACUUUUUAUCUGUCACUGGGACAGUGAUUCGAACGAGUCUGGUGAAGAUCCUGGAGUUUGAGCGGGAUUACAUGUGCAACAAAUGCAAGCAUGUAUUUGUGGUCAGGGCCGACUUUGAGCAGUAUUAUACCUUCUGUCGGCCAUCCUCAUGUCCCAGCUUGGAGAGCUGUGAUUCUGCAAAAUUCACUUGCCUCUCAGACUUGUCUUCAUCUCCAACUAGGUGUAGAGAUUAUCAGGAAAUCAAAAUUCAGGAACAGGUUCAAAGGCUAUCUGUUGGAAGUAUCCCACGAACAAUGAAGGUUAUCCUGGAAGAUGACUUAGUAGACAGUUGCAAAUCUGGUGAGAAUGUUAGCUUAUAUAGUAGGUCCUAAAGUAUUGACUAGGAAAAGCCACUUUUUAUUUUCCCAAGAUCACUGGCAAGUGAGUGUGGGGAACUUGAGAACAGAGACUGGCAUGAGGAGGUAGGUAAUAGCAGGAAAGAAGCUGGGCUGGAGUUCAGCGAUC